UACUCUUAUGAAAUUUACUCUACUCGUGCGACAAAACAAAGCGUUAGCUGUUUACUACCAUCUAGGCAAUGAGCCAACUCAACUGACUGCCAACAGACUGUUACAAUUUAAAAAUAAUAGUGAAAUUCAAGCCAAUAAAACUAAUGACGAUGGAUUAUUUAUCAUUUCAUUCCUCGUUCCUAGCAACCUGAAGUUUGAGGAUUAUCUCGAUAUUAGUCGAACAAAAGAUGAUACCAACGCCGAUAUGUUUGGCCAUUGUUUUCUAUUUGGGCUGCUUUAAAGACAGAGCUCAUGUGGCAGGCGCACGUGACAUGGAUGGUCUUGGUUUGCCACACGGUUUUCAACACCAGGAGAUGACCAUUGAAAUAUGCACAAAUUACUGUCGUACAAGGGGCUUCAAAUAUGCUGGUGUCCAAUGGGCGUAUAGUUGUUACUGUGCAGACAAGUUUGGAAAAUAUGGGAAUGCCGCAGAGUCUGCUUGUAAGAUGGCUUGUAAGGGUAAUCCUAACCAGGACUGUGGGGGAGACGAAAGGAAUGGCAUCUUCUUAGUCAGAUAAAUCCAGUGAUUCACCUGACUGACCAUUACAUACGUGUACAUACAAAAUCAAAUCACAUUUUGAUGGUAUAAUGACAAUAAUUAUAAAUAAAAUAUAUUGAACAUAAAUGUGUUCGAAUUAGCAUUCUUAUUGGGACAGCUCUAUAAGGGAUGACACUAAUACAACUAUGGACAAUGAAGAUAAUCCCAAAACCUUUGCAAAUGAAACUUUUUCAGUACUUAAGAAAAAGUAGUUUUGUGGAAAGGUGAGCAUUAAUGUUUUGAAAUGUUUGAUAUCUGAGAGUUUUAUUUUCACUUUUUGAAGUUUAAUAACUUCUGUAUUUGUUCAGCUGCCAAUUACUUUUCAGGUAUCAAAUAUGGGGUUGUAACUGAUUAUUUUAAUGAAAGAGGUAAUUUCAUUUGUUUUCAUAUAAAGAACAAAAAUACAUUUAAUUUUCGAUGUGCCUUUUUAUUCCA